GGAGCCUCGACCAUUUUUAACUUCGACUUGUCCUAGUUCAAAACUUGUGAUAAGGUAUUGAUUAGGCUGCAAAUUGUAGUGGGCGGGGCAGCAUAGCCUCCGCGCGACUGAUUAUUUCCUCUUCAGUGCAGGAAUAUCCCUUUCCUUCAACGCUUGCUCAGUCCGAAGACUCUCUUCCGCAAUAACAUAGUUUCUAUUCUCCAGCAGCAUUUACCGUGCUCAGAUAGCCCAAAUCAAUGGAGGCUGUUGGAUCCGCAUCAGCAAUCAUUGGGAUUGCAACAACCGGGAUUCAAUGCUCCAUCAAGCUACUUACGUUUGCGGACCAAAUCAAGUCCGCCCCGGAUGAGAUCACAAAUAUUGCUGAGGAUAUCUCAGUUAAUGCUAGUAUUUUGCAGCAGUUGGGUGGACUAGCUGACGAGGCGCUGUUUCACACACAAGCAGCACCAGAUACCAGCACCAACAACAGCAUCAGCAAUGGAAAGGCACGGAUGGUCAACCCUGAGGCCAUUGAUUAUAGCGAUACGGAAGGCCAUAAGCCACAGAACGGAAUAUUUAACGCAGCCGGCUUUGCGAUCGUCAUGAAUCUCGCUUCAAAAUGUAACGCUAUCUUCGAAAGGCUCGAAGAAGGACUGAGGAAGGCGAGUAAGCAGCUGAGGGCAAAUCCUCAUAGCAAGGAUCCCAUCAGACUUAGUCCAGCGGAAAUGGUGAAAUGGCCGUUUGUCAAGCCGCAAAUGGACGCCAUGAGGGCAGAACUACGCAAUGCAAAGGGGACUCUGAUGCUCAUGCUUCAAGUUGCGAUGCUACGCUACUCGAAGAAGGUCAUGGAAGGACAUGCCACGAGAACAAGCCUGAUCGCAUAUUCCCAAGAAGAUCUGUAUUUGCUGAAAAGAUCAAUCGUAGCUGCGGAGAGAGCUCGAAUUGACAUCGCGAAACAACGAGAUGAUACUUGGGCUAAAAAUCGAGCCGCUAGUGUGACCGAGAGGGACAACGUCGAUGAGAACUUCCAACCUGCGGAGAUCACCACUACGCGACGACCUCCCAGUCCGGGAAACCAUGCUAGUCAGGGACUGCCACAGAUACUGUCCGUUGAAGUCAAGGAUUUGAACUGCCAGCCCCAUGGAGAUAUUGGUUUCGGUUCUGCACUUAUAGAACCAGGUGAAGCAGACAGAGCGAAAGCUGCAGAGGGCGAUACCGGUAAUCCGACCAAGACUGAUCCGGUCAACGAGAGAUCUGGGUGUGAUCUUCACUCUGUCUACUACUCUUCUGAAUACAUCAACAGAUCAUCUAUGGCAUCUAUCAGCUUAGCCACGGAUGCGCCACUCGGUGUAUACUUAUUAACACUCAAGCUUCAGAUAGCGCAUGGGAAGCACCACGUGCAGUACCGAGUCCGGCGUGUGAAGAUCCCACGCCAGGAUAUUGACUCCCAGAUAGAUCAGUGGAAGAAAUCAUCUAAUAGUACAGUACUCAAUCAGCUUCUUGCUCUAUCGGCCGAUGAACAACAGGCACUAGAUGCACUCAAUCUUGAUGGUGACCAUGACAACAUCACGGGCACCGACGCAAUCGAAUGGAUACAUUUCGGCAAGCUCUUGCCUGUUGACGGAUUUGAUGACAUUCGAGCAAGAAGUAUCACGUUCAUCCUGAGGCUGAAGCACCCAUUUACCACGAUUAAAGGAACAGAAACGAAGUCUAAGGUCGCGAAAAUCCAACAGGACAUUAUAACCGACGCCAGAGUACAUCGCCACCGUAUUUCCCCCGAGAGUCUUAGUGCCUUUAGUUUACGUUGGAAGUGGGAUGAGGUAAGUAUCAACUUCAUCAACUCACAUAGUUACGUCUUAUGAUUCUUCAAUAAUCUUACUAGAUUGAUUACGACUAUAUGCUCAUCAACAAAUCUAUCUUCGAUCACUUCGAAGAGGAUUUAUUGGCGCACACGCGACGGCUCAGGAAUGAGACGUAUAUAGCUCAGCCUGGCAGCGAUCUAAAGGAGCUUGAGCUUGACGACCGAAAAAGAUAUAGUUGUACCGGGCUUUUGCUCCAGAUCAAAGGUUUGCUGAAAGCUAUCAGGCCCAGACCCAGACUCAAAUCCAACGGUUCUAGAAUUUCGCCUGGUAAUGUGCGGGGGAAAAGAUAUUAUGGAGGGUAUCAGGGAGUGGCAG